CUGUGCUGCUGUCUGGAGGGUUGGCCUCACCGUAAUGACUGGAGUCAGGUAACCAUCGGACACACCGACUCAUUCCCCCUCACGGACGGGCCCAGGCACGGAGGGAGGCGGUGAGACCAGCUUUUAGCGACGAGUUGAUUUCUUUUUCGUGUCAAUGUGGCGGCUUUGCCUCUGAAACAAACAAACAAAGAGAGCAGUAAAAGUUUGUUUGUUACUCGCAGCAACGUGUCGUUCACGCGAGGAGCGGCGUGUCUGCGAGCCUGGCGAGGAGGCUUCUCAGGUGUUCAUCUCCGUGAGGGAUUUCUUUCUGCGCAUUUUGCUCUCUUUUGCGACAUAAUCCUUUAAGCUGAAAGGAGGAUUUCUCUCUUUUUGUCGCGUCUUCAUUUUUACACAUUCCUUCUGGGAUCGUUUUCCCUUCAUUGGACUCAAAAACUUCAAGAGGACAAGUUUUAACAGGAGCCAAGAUGGAUGAGGCGGACAAGUACAAACAGCGGCUGGAGGCAAUAGCUGAGAAGCGCCGGCUGCAAGAGGAGCAGGACAAAGCCAGGAGAGAGAUGGAGGAUGAGAAGCUCAGGCUACAGCAGCUCAAGAGAAAGUCUCUGAGGGACCAGUGGUUGAUGGAAGGACCACCUUCGUCCCCAACUUCCCCAGACUCCAAGAGCCCUCGCUCCCCUCUGUGGGGCUCCCAGGCCCAGGAGACGGAAAACCCCAUUGACAAGUAUAGCCAGUUUAGAGGCAGAGAGGAAGAGACACUAACGGAGCAGAUGGAGGACGGCCAAAUGCCAGAAACAUUUUCCCACAACUUCUGUGUCUGGCUUUUUGCCAUGAAUAAUGAAGCAGUGAGAGUGGCAGAGGAUGGGGCAGAUAUAGUCCAAGAUGUUGUUUUGCAGAAUGGUGAAAACAAUCAAACAGGAUCUGAAACAGUAGAAGAUGAGGAAAAACAGACCAAAGCCCCCUAUUGGAUGAAAACUGCAGCUGUCCUUACCAAUGGGCAAGGUGAAUUAGAAAUAACCACCAAUCACAGCCCUCAGAACAGUAAUCAGCACACCUAUAAUGGACCAGUUGCAGCCUCAGAGGAGGAAGUAAGCCAGAGGCUGGAGCCAGAGUUGAACCUGGGUGAGGUUCCGAAUGUCAACACUGAGGAGGAGGAGGAGGAGGAGGAAGAGGAAGGCACUCUGGUAAUGAGAGCAGAACGUGUGAUCAUAACAGAUGAAGGGGAUGAUGUACAUGGGGAUCUAACACCCCAAGAAGAUCAGCAGGAGACCAUUGAUCCAGGUGAAGAGGGAGGAGAAGCGGUAGACGAGGUGGGGGAGGUAGUGGUUACAGAAGUAGCCCCAGAAACUUUCACUCAACCAGAGCAGAGUGAGGCAACUGCAGAGGCGCAACCACACACUGAAGAUGAAGUCACAAAGGAUGAUAUGAGUACAAAUGAAGCAGAUUCACAAGCUGAAGGACCAGACAAACCAUCAGAAGAUCCAACCUCUCUGCAGCUGCAGUGCCAGACUGAUGCUCUAGAGGGCACCACAGUGGCUCCAGUGCCUCCAGUGCCUGUCUACUCAGAUGUGCAACCGUCUGUUCUCACCCUGAACUUGGAGGCAGAGGGUAAAGCUGAAGAGUCAACAGAGCAAGCUGAGGCAGCAUUAGAAGCCCAAAACCCUCCCCCUGUGCCAGGCCAGUUCCAGGAGGUUCCCCUUGCCGAUCCUAAGGAGAGCCCAAGGACGGAGGUAGGACCGGGGGAACAGGAACCCCUCCUGUCACAGGCCAAAGCCCCUGUCACCCAUGCAGAGCAAGCAGAAGCCAACAGCUUGACCAGCACAGAGACACCAGUCCCAUCCAGGGUUGGCCAGGGGGAGGAGACCCAGGCACCCAAACGCAAAACCUGCCAGUGCUGCUCAGUCAUGUAAGCACUGCCUGUGCCUCCAUUCCCGCUCUGUCUCUUCAGUCUGCAGCAUCCUUCAGUCUGUCUCUCUGCCGUUACAUACAUACCAUAUUCAAUCCCCCUGUCUUUGCUUCAUACCCUUAUAUUUUUUUCAAAUUAGUAUGUCCACAAGCUACUCCCUCCUCUGCCGCACUCAUCUUUAAUUUCAUCAUCCCACUCACACUCUUUCACAUGGAGGGAUGGACUGGACUUGUCAGUGUUUAAAGUGCCUAGAGGAGCUCUCUACCCUGGACUACUCUAAAACUGUAAUUUGAACCUUAUUAUUCCUCAAUAUAGACCAAAAUAUGAGGUGUUUAUUUAACACUGUUUGAUUUUGGUUUUAUUUGUUUUGCCCAUUUUCAAAGGAUCUUAAAAUUCAUAUAUAUGAAGUUCAGCAGUUAACCAAGCAAAGAAGAAUUAUUUUAAGCAGAUGUAUUUACAUUUAUAGUUCAACAGGUUCUUUUCAUCUGUAUAGCGGAUUGAACUGAAAAAAUCCAAAGAUCUGAAGAGGCUGUUGUUCUUAUUUAAUGAAUUUAAAGCUGAAUUGUUUUAUUAAUUUUUUUCUUUUAUUAGAGAAAAUCCAAGCUUAGGACUUUUCUAUUAACUCUGUAAACAGUAUGCAGACUUAUAGUUUAAAAUGGUGAAAUUUUUGAACAACAGUUGGUGCAGCUGAAUAUUCUUAGACUGUUUUAAAAUAGAGAUUAUUUUUGAAAUUCUGAAAGUGUGACCUUUGUAUUCUCACCUUCUGGAGAGAGGCCCCAGAGCUGUUGUUAUAGCUCUGUGUGUGGAUGUAUAUACUGAAUACAGGAAAAAGUGGAAACCAGAGUGUCUGUGAUGUCAGCUUUGAAAUGAUUGAUGAAUGGUUGAAUGAUUAAACUGACAUUUGUGAUACA